UUCCGCUGGGGCGGGACGGAGCUGGGGCGGGACGGAGCUGGGGCGGGAGGGCGCCCAGCCGGCUGGAUCUGUUUGUGUUGGAAGCUCAGCUGAUGCUGACCGGCCCCAGUGGACGUCGGCGCCCGGGAGAGGCGCCUCGCCACCGCCGCCCAAGUCGUUGCGGCCUGCAUCCCGGUGAGACCAUGAAUUAUGGCAUUUCUUAAAUGAAGCAUUGAGGACUGACGUGAGAGUCAUAACAUAUAGAAAAUAAAUGCGUUUAAAGUUAUGUCUAUUAAUUUGACUGUAGAUAUAUAUAUUUACCUCCUUAGUAAUGCAAGAAGUCUUUAUGGGAAGCAAAGGAGCAAGCAACUGCAUUUCUUGUGCUCACCUGAACAUUACUGGAGCAUAAGCCACAUCAGUCUGCAAAGAGCCUUUCACACAAGCAAAGUAAGAUGUAAAUGGACCAAAAGUGAAGCACACUCUUGCAGUAAGCACUGUUACUCUCCUAGCGACCAUGGUGUACAUACUGGAAUUUUGAAACUUAGCACCUCUGCUCCCAGGGGACUUACAAAAGUGAGCAUUCGUAUGUCCCGUAUUAAAAGUACUUUGAACUCUGUUUCAAAGGCUCUUUUUGGUAAGCAGAAUGAAAUGAUCUCAUGUUUAGCUCAAUUUAAGCCAAGUUCUCGAAUAUUAAGAAAAGUAUCAGAUAGUGUCUGGUUAAAACAGAAAAACGUUCGACAAGCCAUUAAAUCUUUGAAAAGAUAUAGUGACAAAUCAGAAGAAAAGAGUUCGUUUCCAGAAAAGAAAAGUCACAUUAUAGAUAAAGAUAAAGAUAUAGAUAAACAAAGCCUUUUUCAUUACUCAACUAGUAUAACCACAAAAUUUGGAGAGUCAUUCUACUUCUUAUCAAAUCAUAUUAAUUCAUACUUCAAACGUGAGGAGAAAAUGUCUCAAAAAAAGGAAAAUAAACAUUUCCAGGACAACUCAGAACUUGAAGACGAGAAAUCCAGUUCUCCAGAUUCUGGUGUCCUGACUGAUGAGAAGCAAGACUCAGAAUCUUCUUUACAUACUGUGGACAAGCCCUCAAGUCCCAGUGGGACACCUGAGGUUCUUCCAGUUUCUGCUAAACAGAGUAUUGCUAACUUUCUUUCUCGUCCCACUGAAGGUGUACAAGCUUUAGUAGGUGGUUAUAUUGGUGGACUCGUCCCCAAGUUAAAGUACAAUUCCAAGAGUCAGUCAGAAGAACAGGAAGAGGCUGGGAAAGCUGAGCAGGCUGUCAGCAAAGACAAAAAUGCAGAGGAGAAAAAGCGUUUGUCUCUUCAGCGGGAAAAGAUUAUUGCAAGAGUGAGUAUUGAUAACAGAACCCGGGCAUUAGUUCAGGCAUUGAGAAGAACAACUGACCCAAAGCUCUGCAUUAAUAGGGUUGAAGAACUGACCUUUCAUCUUCUAGAAUUUCCAGAAGGAAAAGGAGUAGCUGUCAAGGAAAAAAUUAUUCCGUGUUUAUUACGAUUGCGACAAAUUAAGGAUGAAACUCUUCAGGCUGCAGUCAGAGAAAUUUUGGCUUUAAUCGGCUAUGUAGAUCCAGUGAAAGGAAGAGGAAUCCGAAUUCUCGCAAUUGAUGGUGGAGGAACAAGGGGUGUGGUUGCUCUUCAGACACUACGAAAAUUAGUUGAACUUACUCAGAAGCCAGUCCAUCAGCUCUUUGAUUACAUUUGUGGUGUAAGCACAGGUGCUAUAUUAGCAUUCAUGUUGGGCUUGUUUCAUAUGCCCCUGGAUGAAUGUGAGGAACUUUAUCGAAAAUUAGGAUCAGAUGUGUUUUCACAAAACGUCAUUGUUGGAACAGUCAAAAUGAGUUGGAGCCAUGCAUUUUAUGACAGUCAGACAUGGGAAAAUAUUCUUAAGGAUAGAAUGGGAUCUUCACUAAUGAUUGAAACAGCAAGAAACCCCACAUGUCCUAAGGUAGCUGCCGUAAGUACCAUAGUCAACAGAGGGAUAACGCCGAAAGCUUUUGUGUUCAGAAACUAUGGUCAUUUUCCUGGUAUCAACUCUCACUAUUUGGGAGGCUGUCAGUAUAAAAUGUGGCAAGCCAUUAGAGCCUCCUCCGCUGCGCCAGGCUACUUUGAAGAGUAUGCACUGGGCAAUGAUCUUCAUCAAGAUGGCGGUUUGCUCCUGAAUAACCCUUCAGCAUUAGCAAUGCACGAGUGUAAAUGUCUUUGGCCAGACGUCCCCUUGGAGUGCAUUGUAUCCCUGGGCACUGGGCGGUAUGAGAGCGACGUGAGAAAUGCCGUGACAUACACAAGCUUGAAGACCAAGCUGUCGAAUGUUAUCAACAGCGCUACAGAUACGGAAGAGGCUAAUAACAUGCGCACCAACCCACAUCAUUGUGUACGCCAACCAAAUUCAUCUUUGUUGUGUUAUCUGUCUAUCUGCCAUGUAAAUCCUUACAUCAUGUUUAGAUUUGUCAAGAAAAGUGAAAAAAAGAAGUAAAUUCUGCAGAUGUACAAACAAAAGAUAAGAACAGAUGUGAAAAUGGAUUUUCAGUCUUAUAUGGGAAGAUACCAACUUUUCAAAGAAGCAAAGCGGAAGAACAGUCUAUUUUAGAAGUAAAAUGCAAUAAAUUCUCCAACUCAGCAAUUAGAUUAAAAAUAUAGAGAAUAAAAAUAGUUUUGAUGCUCUGGCCUUCUUAGGUGUCUCAGAGUUCUUAUUUCUGUAAUGAAUGGUAUGCUGGCAAUAUUUCAGCUCUGUUCUUGCUACAGAUAUUCUUCUUUAUUAGAAACGUAGCUCAGAUCGAGUUGUCCCUAGAGGCAUACGGGCGGGAUGGGAUUUCCCCCGGCGGGUGGAGAGGGCCCAGCCUGGGUUAUAAUUACACUGUGCACUUCUUCCCCUCCCACACCACAUUUUAUCCCGAAGAAAGUGGACUUCAAAGGAGUCUUCCAAGAGGGAAGGAAGUCACAGAAAGUCAGCAUGCAGUCUCAGGGGACAGUGGGGAACCUUACAACUUUGUUUUGGAAAUAGGAUGGAGGGGCUCCCUUUGACACCCCCCAGCAGCUACUGACAGCUGCCUCCCCUCUUCACUUAUUAGAGUGCUGCCAGUUUCUGAAGUAGCUAGGACCUCUGAAGUUCGAAGCUCAAAAUUUUACCUAACCUGCCCUGCUCUAGACGUAAUUCAUCACAUUUUUGAAUAUUUCGCAGGUGUCAGUGCUAGUAAUGUGACUAGAAACAGAUUUGUAACAUCCAAAGUACAGUUUUGAGUUACAGUGUAAGUAAAUAUGAGCCUACCAGUGAUCUCUGACUUGUUUUUGUUGGGGUAACUUCGGUUUAUAUACCAGUGAUUUCUAAAGAUUUUGUCAAGCAGUCCUUUCAGAUCACAAAUACUACAUAUUCAUCUGGAACUACUAAAACAACUUGUAAGAAAAAUCCAAAUAAUUGGAAAUUAAUAUUUCUGGAUAUUCUUUGUAAUAAAUCAAAUUUCAAGCACAAUAAAGUAAUAUUUAAUGCAAUUUACAUAUUUGCACCUUAUAAGUUCACUGUUGUCCUAGCAUCAUGUAGCUCGUGUAGCUCUGUGCCCCUUGUUUUUCUUGGCUGAUGAUUCCCCUGUUGAACGGUACAAUAUACAAGCAUACUCUGGCCAUAGCUUCUUUCUUAAGCUCCGUAGCGUGGCACCUCAGUGUGUCCUCAUGUCCCUGUCCCUGUCUCUUUAGCUCUUUUCACUCUCCUACAAAAAGUACCCCCGGUUGUGUGUGCACCAGUUUUCAAUCAUUCUUGUCCACAUUUGUCCUUGAACCUGGUUAUCCGAAGAAGUGUGUAACUCACCUGAGAGAACCCUCAUUUUAUGAUAAAGCCAGUGCUUUCCGUUGUCCAGAAGCAGGGUGGACUUCUUUUCAGGAAAGAGCAGAAGUAAAGAACACUUCCGAAAGAUGAGCGCUCGCUACCAAGUAGGUUAUGGAUUCUCCACUGGACUGUUUUUAAAGUAGGAUGAGGUCUUUAUAGAAAAAGAUUUGAAAGAUAGAUAAUGGCCCAUUAGGUUCUUUCCAACCCUAUAAUUCUUUAAUAGUUUAUAAAAAUAAAAAAAGGAUCAGAUAAAAGAAAUGUUUGUCAGUUUCAGAAGAAAUUAGGGUAUUUCUUAUUCAUUCACGCCACUUAUUCUAUAAGAUAAGAUUCAGCUGAUGCCUUAGCAAACAGUAUGUACUUACUGAUAAGCUUAUGUAUUUAAAUCAGCUAGUUUUCAUUUGUACUGAUGGAUAUAUCUCAUUCGUUAAUCAUUUUGAUUUUUUUAAAUAUGAUAAUGUGUGCCUUGAAAAUGGCUACAUUUUGAAAAGUCUAAUUGAAAAACCAAAAUUUAUUCACUGUCAAUUGUUUUGUUACAACUAACUUUGAGUAAAGUUGAUGAAAUUCUGGUUGCAUUUCUACAUUAAGGAAAAUUUCAUAGCUAUGAAAGUAGAGAAACAUAAAUGUGUUUUAUUAAGUAUUUCCUCAUCUAUAGAGGAAACCUGAAUAUUUUUACAAUGUUAAUAGCUAGUCCCUAGUGUUAUAUGUCAAGCACUAUACUGAAAGCUGUGUCCGUUAUCGCAUUAGGUCUUGUUAUAUCCUUGUGAAGGAGGUACUGUUACUCCUGUUAUCCAGCUAAGGAACGCAAGGCUAUAGAAAGUUAAAUAAUAGUGAAAUAAAGAAGACAAUUAUAAACAUCUUUAACUUUUCCUUUUAUUUCUCCCAAUUGGCCAGGUUCACAAGUUCAUUAUUGAUUGUACAAACGUUUAUUGACUGCCAUCUUUAUUCUAGGACUGACUUCACCCUUCACCCACAUUUGAUCAUCAAUUCCUACUUUCAUGUGGAGGAUUUUUUUCCUUUUUUAUUGAAGUAUAAUUUUCUUUUUUAUCGAAGUAUAAUUUUCAUAGCAAAUUGUUGUUCAUUGUAGCUGUACAAUUUGUAAUUGUUCGUAGUUAUAGAGUUGUGCAAUCAUCACCAUAAUCCAGCUUUAAAGCAAUUCCAUCAUCCCUGAAAGUUCCCGCCAUGCUUGUUUGUAGUUACUCCCUGCUUCUGUCCCCAGCCCCCGACAACCACUGGUCUGCUUUCUGUCUGUACAGAUUGACCAUUUCUGAAUAUUUCACGUCAAUGGGAUCAUACCAUGUGUAAUCUUUUGCAUCUGGCUCUUUUCACUUAGCGUAUUUUUGAGAUUCAUCCAAGUUGUGGCAUCUAUCAGUUAUUGACUUCUUAUUGCUGAUCAGUAUUCCAUUUUACGGAUAUACCACAUUUUGUUUAUCCAUUCACAAGUUGAUGGUCAUUUGAACUGUUGUCACUAUUUACCUGUGAUGAAUAAUGCCGCUGUGAAAUUCAUGUAGAAGCCUUUGUGAGGACAUAAUGUUUCAUUUCUCUCGAAUAGAUAUCUGGAAGUGGAAUUGCUGUAGUUGUGUGGUAAGUGUUUAACUUUUCAAGAAACAACCGGUUUUCCAAAGUGUCUGUACGAUUUUACGUUCCCAUCGGCAGUGUAUGAGAGUUCCCGCUCCUCCACGUCUUCACCAGCCCUGGAAUUGUCUUUUUGAUUAUAGUCAUAUGUAAUGGUAUUUCAUUGUGGUUUUAAUUUGCAGUCCCCUAAUGACUAUUGAUGUUGAGCAACCAUCUUUUUAGGUGCUUAUUAGCUAUUUGUAUAUUUUCUUUGGUGAAAUGUCCAUUCAUAGCUUUUGCCCAUUUUUAAAUUAGUUUGUCUUCUCAUUUUUGAGUUGUAAGAAUUCUUUUAUAUAUUCUGGAUACAAGUGUUCUGCGAGAUACAUGAUUUUCAACUAUAUUCUCCCAGUCUGUGACUUGUCUUCAUUUUCUCAAUGCUAUCUUUUAAAGCAAGCAUAUGAGUUUUUAAUUUUGAUGAGGGUCAUUUUAUCAGUUCUUUUGAGUUAAUUUUGUGUCUGGUGUGAAUGAGGGUCAAAACUUUUUUUUUGCAUAGGGAUAUCCAGUUGUCUCAGCAUCAUUUGUUAAAAGAAAGAUUCUCUCACCACUGAACUGCUGUUGUGCUUUUAUCAGAAAUCUGUUGUCUUUGUAUUUGUGAGUCCGUUUCUGGAGUCUCUUUUCCAUUGAUCUGUAUGUUAAUCCCGUGCCAUUAUCACACUGGCCUGGUUACUAAGGCCUUAUAAUAAGUUUUGAAAUCAGACAGUAUAAUUCUUCCAAUUCUUUUCAAAAUUAUUUUGGAUCUUCUGGUUUCUUUGCAUUUCUUUGUAAAUUUAGCAUCAGUUUGUCAUUUUCCACUCACACAAAGAAAGCUUGCUGGAAUUCUGAUAGAGAUUGCGUUGAAUGUACUGAUAACGUUGAGAGAGCUGACGUAUUUAUGGUGUUAAGUCCUUCAGUGGCGUCUGUCCUUUGAAGUAUGCCGCGAACAUGGAUUCUGUCCAUUUAUUUAGAUAUUUAAAAAUUUCCACAACUAGAAGAACCCACAACUAAGAAUAUACAACUCUGUACCGGGGGGCUUUGGGGAGAAAAAGGACAAAAAUAAAAUCUUAAAACUUUCUCAGCAAUGUUUUGUAGUUUUCAGUGUGCAAAUCUCAUGCUCCAUUUAUGAAAUUUAAGUGUUUUAUUCAUUUUGAUGCAAUUGUGAAUGGAAUUGUUAAUUUCUUUGAUUGUUACCAGUAUGUAGAAAUGCAUACAUAUGAUUGCAGCCCUGGUGAUAGCGUGAUUUUCCAGCUUGUGAAUUAUCAAGCUAGUAAUGUCACAAUGACCUAAUCCAUGAAGUAUGGACAGGGUACUACGAAUUGUGAAAAAUAGUUGCAGUAUUAAUCAUAAUGAUCUUACUGGUAAUGCAUGACUGUGAUAGUUCUGGGUUAUUUUUAUCUUUAGGCAGUGGACACCUGUUUUAAAGGAUUCAAUUCUAAUUGUGCAAUAAUAUGUAUAUUAAAUGUCACAUUUACAUUACUGUGUUUUUUGGCAUAAAGAUAUUUAAAUCUCUAGAAAUACUCAUUUAAAAGAAGUCAGAUCCUGGGAUCUGGAUUAGAUGGUAUUUUAUUGUUGCGGGCACUCGGUAAGUGGGGAGUUACUUAAAGUUACAUGUUAGCAUUUUAUCUUAGGUUAUCCAUACCUAAAAUGUUUUGAAUUUACUCCUGAUUAAAUAUAUUGAAUUGGAUUACAGUUUAGUCUCAAUCAGUAAAAAUAUGAAUUACACUGUUUCAGAGAAGAACAGCGUAUUAGGUGUUCAAUACCUUUGCUAGCUUAAGAAUUCAGGAAUUAACAUGCUUUCCUUGUUUUCAUAUUUCUUCAUUGUGGAUUCCUGUGCUGAAUACAUGCUUAAUGAAACAAAACAUUUUGACAUAGACUGAGCAAUUUUGAACUGUCAAGUGUAGAAGUUCCUGUAUUGUGUAUAUUUAAAACAAGAGUCAGUGAUGAAUUUAAAAUAUGGCACAAAAUAAGAAACAAGAAAGCUCAUCUCAGGCUUUGCGAAUUUAUGAAAACAUAGACUUUCUUAUUUUUCCCUUACCAGUUAACAGGACAACAAAUAACAUGUUUCUAGUAGUUGAAAUUGCCAUCUGUCCCAUAUUUUAGUUAUUUGUGGGGCUGCCUUAACUUACCUUUGUUUUUUCCACUGUACAUUAUCUUGACAGAUUCUUGAUCCCUGUGAAUGACAGACAUUACAUGCAUAAACUCUCACUUGGCUACCAUUAUGCCUAACAGCCGGCACAUCUGAGUGCUCGCUGAGUACUGGGACCUGAGCUAAGCAGGUUACAGGAGUUAGCCCCUUAGUCCUCACGGUAAGCCUCUAAGGUGAAUGUCGUCAGUGUCCCUUUCUUAGAAAGAAAAACGUUGCCCAAGAUAUCACAGCUGGGGAGUUGUAGAGCUAAGAGGAAUCCGCUUUCUUAACCAGGACUCUUUCCAUCCCUCUUUCCUAGAAUGUCCUUGCCUGAAUGUUGCAUAGUGGCUUCAGAUCCAAUUUACUAAACUGAAUCUGUAAACUCUUGGGUGUAGUCAGUGAAGAAGUGUAAUUCCAACAUCAAACCGUGUGAAUACUCAUGUUCUUGUCUCCACAGUGGUUCUCUGCUAGGGGUGGUAUUACUCGUUUCCCUGAAAGAGUCUGAAAAUCUGGGGUAGUGAGGGGAGAUUGUCUGGGGGAACAACCGCCCUUUAGUACACCAGGAGUCAGAGACGGUAAAUGUGAUAGGGGCACAGGACAGCCCCUCAUAAUAGAAAACUCUCCCACCCAAAACACUAACAUUCCUCCCUUUCAGAAACCAUAAGCUGCUUAUCCACAGAAUGCAAAUAAUGAAUUUCUUUCACAAGAAAUGGAGGAUAUACUUUGACCAGAUUUAGAGUGCAUAAGCCAUUUGUAAAAUUCCAUUUUGAUUCCAUCCCAACAGGAAUUCUUUUUGCAUCCAUUGCUCCUUGUUCUUCCUUUUUUUUUUGCCAAGUUGAAAUACAACUGAACUCUUCACUUAAUCUCGCUUUUUUGGACCAAAUCUAUGGCAGUUACUCUUUCAUGACUAGGAAGUAGGAAGGAGGGAGAGCACAUUCAAAAACAGUUCGCUCUGUUCCUGGCAAGAGCUAUCCACCAUCCAAAAUAGAUUCAUAGACUACAGAUGUCCCUGAACUAAACUGUUUGCAGGUGCUGGUCCAAGGGUUUGGUAAAUGUCUCUGUCUCAGAAGUCACACUGAUUGCUUUGUUCAUUAAAACGUUUAUUCAGCCGGUGCAAGUGGCUUGAAGUUCAUCACACUCCACAGAUAUGUAUUAUUAAUUUGGAUAAUUAGUUUGUAAAAAAUAAAAUAUUGACUGUAAUGUUGAUUUACCCUCAUGAUAAAAAUCUUGAACUUAAUAAGGACCUAUUCCUUGCCUCUAGACAACAUAUAUUGUGAGAUGUAUUUUAAAGAUUUCCAUCUGAUUGAAUAUGAACAGGUUACAGGUCCAAAAUGACUGAGAGUUCCAGUAAUACUUGUAGCUAACAUUUAUUGCCAUUUCACCUUCACAGCAACCUAUGAGGUAGGUACUAUCAUGAUCCCUACUUUUCACUAGCACUGAGAUGGUGAUGAUGGUGAGAAGAGUCUUAUAUUUCUUGACUGCUGUUAAGUUUGGGCUCUAUCCUUCCCCAAAGAGAACCAAAAUGCCUUCUCAUUAUCAAGGGGAAAUUAUAGAUCAUAGUAUGAUCAUGAGUCUAUAGCAGUCUUUCUUAAAUUAUCUAUCUAAAAUGACACAUACUCUAAUA